AUGAUUAAACAACAGCAACCACAGCAACUUAAGGCACAAAGCGCCCAGGUCCCUCAGACCAUUACAUACGCCAUAUAUGCAUAUAAUUCAAAGACGGCAGAACAAACGCAAAGGUUGAAAUAUGGAGAUUUGGAGAUAAUAUUGAAAAAUGGCCAUUUCGAAUUCGUUUGCAAAGGUGGUGCAGUGAUAUCAAAUAUAAAAGAAAUUUUAUUUAUGAAUUCAAAAAUUAAAGGAAUAACGGAUGAUAUAACAUCAAUUCCACCAGAAGAACAGAGAUAUUACGCAUUAAAUGCAUUUCCUAAAGUUUUGAAGAUUGGAAGAUUUAAUUUAAAUGAGGAAUUCAUAAAAGGUUUCCUAAAUGACAUAAUGGAGAAAGCAGAUAAGGAAUAUGUGGAUAGUGAGUUAAAGAAGAGGACAGAUAAGGAAUAUGUGGAUGAAAAAGAUAAUGAAAUUAAAGAAAUGGUUGAAUGGUAUCAUGAAUGGACAUCAAAGAUUUUAAAAACUAAAGCUGAUACAGGAUGGGUUUCAGGAUGUUUAGACCUUAAAGCGGAUAAAACAUAUGUUAACGAUGAGUUAGGGAAGAAGGCAGAUAAAACAUAUGUUAACGAAAUAUCCCAAAGUUUGAUAGGAACAAAAAAUAUUGAAACUAUUGUUGGCGACUUUUCUGUCAAUGAAAAAAAUAAAUAUUUUAGAUGGCAGUUUGUACACUCCUUAAAAAAUGGUAUACGGUGGAAACUCAUUCCGAAAAAUAACAAUGAAAUGUAUGUAAGUUAUAAAAAGAAUGAUGGCACACAAGUUAAAGUUCCAUUAGACAACAACUGCUACUUAAACUUAUAUGGAGACGAACAAAAGAAAUAUUUAAGAGUUUAUGAAAUGGCAGAUAUGACAUUGCCUGACCCAGCUCCAGCACCAUAUUAUUAUGACUAUGGAGAUGAUGUCAGAACACCACAUGUAGAUGAACAAAA